AUGCAAAAAUACUCUAAUUUGAAGUUCGGGUUGCGGCGGUUAGAAGAAAUGCAGAAUUGGCAUGUCUACUACGCCUCUUCUGAUUCCGUGAGCUCAGAAGAUUCUGUUUACACACUCGAGAUGUGUAUGACCGGCUUAGACCGAGAGAAAGCCUCCGUUUUCUUUAAAGAACAAACAGGUUCGACUGCCGAGAUGACCGUCAACUCUGGCAUUAGGAAAAUUCUUCCAAAUUCUGAAAUUUGUGACUUUGAUUUUGAACCUUGUGGUUAUUCAAUGAAUUUUGUUGAGGAGCCUGUUGUAUCUACCAUUCAUAUUACUCCAGAAGACGGUUUCAGUUAUGCAAAUUUUGAGACUGCAGGAUACGAUUUGAAGGCAAUAAAUCUGAACGAAAUGGUGAUGAGGGUGCUAGCUUGUUUUCAACCAACUGAGUUUUCUGUAGCUGUUCACGUGGACAAUGCAAGCAAGUCAUUUGAGCAGGGGUGUUUGCUGGAUGUUAAGGGAUACUGCUGUGAAGAGAAGAGCCACCAAGGGCUUGGAAUGAGUGGAUCUGUUAAAUUCUUGAUGGGGCUUUGAUUGUUCAUUAGGAUU